AACUCUCUCUUUCAUCUUCUGUAUCUCUCUUUCUCUCAUUCUCGAUCUCCAUUGUCGUAAGGAGAUCAAGAAAAGCUAUGAGUCUAAAUUGUCUAUCAUGUCAAGCUCUUUCACGUACGGAUUCCAACAAGCAGUUUGAUCUCUCUGGUCCCGGACCACCACCGGUUGAAAGUAACCAUGUCUUAGGUAAAACAUAUGGUGCUGAUCAGGUUGGUGGGAGAAAUUGGUCAGGUAAUUUGAAUGCUAGAAUCUCUGAGAAAAUUGGAAGAUCAGGAUCAUCUUUAGCGCAGAGAAUGAAGAAGGUGAAAAAGACUCCUCACAUUAGGCUAAGUGGUCCAGUUGGUUCAAGCUCUGGCAAUGGACUGCUUCGAACCGAACAACCAAAGCUUGUGAGAAGUAGUGGAAUGAGAAGGAAUUGGAGUUUUGAGAAUUUGAGAGAUCAAGGGUUGAUAGAAGAGAAGAGCAAGGUUAACAUAUGAUCAUCAAUGAUUUAUUAUGAUUCUGAGAUUUUAUGGAAGACAAAUGAAACUGGUUACAUAUAGUUUCAAUCCAUAUUCAUGAUUGUAUAAGUCAUGAUAGAAUAUAUGAGAUGUAAAAUAGUAUGUUUUGAUGAAACUUAUGGGGUUUUUUUUGUUAUUUUUGUUCACUUUCAAUAUUAUAUUAUGCUGUUGUAAACUUGUGCUAUAAUUUCGAGUGAAAAUAUUGUUUUCCA